AGUUAUUUUUUAUGCAUAAUUCUUUAAAUAAAUUUUAUAAGCUCUACAAACCUCGAUUCAUUUCAUUCCCGCUAAUCACUUUUACACUAACUGAUCCAACAAUUUAUGAAAUUCAAUUUUAUUUACAUUUUCUAUGAUUUUUAAUUCAAAUGUGAUUUCGCGCUCUUAAGAAUGGCGCCAAAAUUGGUCACCGUCUAGGAGGGAGAGGAGUGUUAAAAUUACAAAACGUAUAACUGAUUAAAAUAAUUGCAGGUACUUUAUAAUUAAUGAUGGCUAAUGUACAUAAACAGGCAUUAAAUUCGCUGCAACCUGGUAUGCAAAAUGCUCUUGUAAUUGGCAUAAUUGUAAAUAGUUUUAAUAUGAAAACAAUCGACGCCUCACGAACAAGAUUUAAUAAUGGUGAGCGAGGUGUGUGGACAUUCACAUUACGCGAUUCCGAAAAAGAUUCCAUAAACGUGACAGUAUGGGGAAGCGUACAGUUCGUCAAAAAACUAUCUUCCUACUUUCACAUCGGCAGCGUCGUAGAAGUAAUUAAUCCGAAAGUGACUGAACGCCGUCUGGAGGAUAAGAACGAACUCUUUGUACCAUGGGUGUCUAGCCCUUGUAACCUGACGGUGAACGAGGGCAACGCGUUAGUGCAAAUUCAUGAUGCACCAACAUGCGCAAAAUAUGAACCUUUACUGAUGCUCCCGAUUAAAAACCCAACUGAGCUACGAAGUCUGAAAAGCAUUUUUGAUAACCUGGACGCGUUGCGCGAUCAAUACGUGGACAUCAUGGUCGUCGUUACUUUUAUCAGUGACAUUCGCAACGUAAUAACACGAGAUGGAAGAAGCAUAAAAUUCCGCAGCUUCGAGGCAGCCGAUUCAUCCACAGAUGACAUCGUGUCUCCGAUAUUGUGGGAAAACGAGUGGAUCGAACGAGCUGCCCUCUGGCAGCCCAAACGAACCGUCUUACUCCUCACGGACGCUCGCAUCGCUUAUGACAAUUUCAGAAAGAAACUUGUAUUAUCUAUAGCUAGGAAGACUAUGAUCACCGAGAAUCCUAACAUGCCGGAAACCACAACUGUAAGAAAUGCGGUACAGUACUACGAUCAUGACGUAAUGUCCGGGAACUUCGCGACACCGAAUCCGGAUAGUAUUACAACGGUAAUGACUAUACAGGAUAUCUCAGACAAAUUGAACAAAAAACCGAAACAGGGAGAGAGAAUUCAAUUUGCUACGAUUUUAAAAGCGUAUGUAAUGGACAUAAAUGUUGAAAGCAUGAGUCCUGGAAUAAUAUCCACAAGAUGCGCAUUGUGUAAAAAAAUUGUAAUGGAUGACCGAGAUUCUUGCAUGAAUCUCGAAUGUCCUUCGGGUAAUGGGACCCGUGUGCCUUUAAACGUAAUGAUCCUCAAUUUGAAAGUGAACCUGAAAGAUGAUACAGGAUACUUAAUUGGCUGUCGGUUAUCUGGGGAAGUGGCCGAACGAGUCCUUGGUUGCACGGCUGCUGAGUUUCAGGCUAUGAUACCUCCACAACGUGCAGAUUUGAAAUGGAAGUAUGUAUUAGAAAAGUGUGACAUCCGUUUGCAUAUCCUUGGACCAACACCGGCUUUUCCGAGAGCUGUAUAUAAUAUUCUAUCGAUUUCCCGGAUGGUAGAAGAAGACGAUACGGAACUACUCGACGAGUGUUUUAAUGCGACUGAUUAUUAAAUACUUUG